AUGUCCAGUACCAGAAUCAACCACGAGUUCAAACAUAGUGAGCUCAGCUACGACGCCGAGCCCAACUUCCAACCGGCUAUUAAAGUCUCCGUGUUUUUCAGUAAGAAAGAAGGUAUCACGUACAACACAUUCUUCGAACACUGGCAGACUGUCCAUGCCGACCUUGCUGUGGCCACUCAGGCGUUCCAGGGCCACAUUCUUCGCUAUGUUCAGCACCACCAAACCCUGGAAAUGAAAGAACGGGCUCGAAGCCUUGCAGAGGGCGUCCUUAAUUACGAUGCAUGUGCGCAACUCUGGGUCCGGACAUGGGAUGAUUGGCUGGCAUUUUCUAGUAGCGAGGAAUAUAAGUCGGCUUUGGCCGAUGACUGUCAAUUGUUUAUGGAACUGCCGAUGACCUAUAUGGUUGGAUACGAGAACUUGGUGGUUGGGGAUGCAUCCAGGGCAAUUGGGGGCAAAGAUGGGCUCAGCAAGAACAAAUAG